ACCCUCAAACCCAAACACAUAAAAAUGAGUCAACACAACAUCUUAGAUGCUCUAAAUGUCCGGGUCGUUGGUACGGGUGAUCGGAUCCUGUUUCUAGCCCAUGGAUUCGGUACUGACCAAUCAGCUUGGCACUUAAUCCUUCCUUACUUCACCCAAAACUACAGAGUCGUCCUCUAUGACCUAGUUUGCGCCGGCAGUGUCAAUCCCGAUUACUUCGAUUUCAAUCGUUACACAACUCUCGAUCCUUACGUCGAUGAUCUCCUCAACAUCGUUGAUUCACUCGGAAUCCAAAACUGUGCUUACGUUGGCCACUCUGUUUCCGCUAUGAUCGGAAUCAUCGCUUCGAUUCGUCGGCCUGAGCUUUUCUCGAAGCUUAUCUUGAUCGGAUUUUCACCUAGGUUUCUCAACGACGAGGAUUAUCAUGGCGGAUUCGAAGAAGGUGAGAUUGAGAAGGUUUUCUCAGCUAUGGAAGCUAAUUACGAAGCUUGGGUUCAUGGAUUUGCUCCGCUUGCUGUUGGAGCUGAUGUUCCGGCGGCGGUUAGAGAAUUUAGCCGGACUUUGUUUAAUAUGCGUCCGGAUAUUUCUCUGUUUGUUUCGAGGACGGUUUUCAACAGCGACCUGAGAGGUGUGCUUGGGUUAGUUAGAGUUCCGACGUGUGUGAUUCAGACGGCGAAGGAUGUUUCGGUGCCGGCUUCGGUGGCGGAGUAUCUUAGGUCUCAUCUCGGUGGAGAUACUACAGUGGAGACGCUUAAAACUGAAGGACAUUUGCCGCAUCUUAGUGCUCCGGCGCAGCUUGCUCAGUUUUCUCCGGCGAGCUCUUCCUCGCGAAGAAAAGAAGGGCCUCUAUUUGUGGAGGACAGUUUGGCAUUGUCACAAAUCUAUAUGGCUACAGCGUCAUCAGUUUCUUCUCCACCGCUUUGCCUCGCCGGUCGAGUCGCUAUAGUCACCGGAUCUUCUCGAGGAAUAGGCCGUGCCAUAGCCAUCCACCUUGCCGAGCUUGGGGCUAGGAUCGUCGUUAAUUACUCCACUAGCCCCGUUGAGGCUGAGAAGGUUGCGACGGCGAUUACAUCCAACUGUCCAAAGAACGACGCUUCCGAAGUCGCCGGAAAUAGUCCACGUGUCAUUGUGGUGAAGGCUGAUAUCUCGGAGCCGAGCCAGGUAAAGUUGCUUUUCGAUGAGGCAGAGCGAGUCUUCGAGUCACCGGUUCAUAUCUUGGUUAACUCAGCCGCUAUAUCCGAUCCUAAUCAUUCCACUAUCUCAGAUAUAUCAGUCGAACUUUUUGACCGCAUUAUCAGAGUCAACACAAGGGGUGCGUUUCUUUGUGCUAGAGAAGCAGCGAACAGGCUAAAACGUGGAGGCGGUGGCCGGAUAAUUCUCCUCUCAACUUCACUGGUUCAAUCCUUAAAACCAUCCUAUGGCUCAUACACGGCUUCAAAGGCAGCCGUAGAAGCCAUGGCCAAGAUUCUUGCAAAAGAGCUCAAAGGAACAGAAAUCACAGUAAAUUGUGUUUCUCCCGGACCCGUCGCCACAGAGAUGUUUUUUACAGGAUUGAGCAAUGAGGUUGUAGAGAAAGUUAAGUCACAGAACUUAUUUGGUAGGAUCGGUGAGACCAAAGACAUCGCACCUGUUGUUGGGUUCUUAGCCAGUGAUGCUGGUGAAUGGAUCAACGGUCAAGUCAUCAUUGCUAAUGGUGGCUCUCUCUUGUAAAGAAAGAGAGUGGUUAGUCUUCUUAUAAAAUCCAAGCUUUCAAAUUUCAAACGUUGGAUUUGAUCUGACGAAAAGAAACAUCAAUAAUCCAUGUAUCAAAUACAGUCAAAUUCAACCU